AGGCGGCCCCUGGCACCCGGGGGGCAGAGGAGGGGCUGGCAAGUGGGGGCCUAGACCCUGGAAGGCCAAGGGACUGUAAGCCUGGCCAGCGGAGCAGAGGGUGCAGAAGCCAGACCAUCCAAGUUGACUGGCCACUUCAAGUGGAAUCAGGAGACAUUGCCAACUCAGGGAGACUGAGCUUGCUCAAGUGCUGGACAAGAUGAUAUUCCUUACCACCCUGCCGCUGUUUUGGAUAAUGAUUUCAGCUUCUCGAGGGGGCCACUGGGGUGCCUGGAUGCCUUCGUCCAUCUCAGCCUUCGAGGGCACAUGCGUCUCCAUCCCCUGCCGUUUUGACUUCCCUGAUGAGCUCAGACCGGCUGUGGUACAUGGUGUCUGGUAUUUCAAUAGUCCCUACCCCAAGAACUACCCACCGGUGGUCUUCAAGUCCCGCACACAAGUGGUCCAUGAGAGCUUCCAGGGCCGCAGUCGUCUGUUGGGAGACCUGGGCCUACGAAACUGUACCCUGCUUCUCAGCACACUGAGCCCCGAGCUGGGAGGCAAAUACUAUUUCCGAGGUGACCUGGGCGGCUACAACCAGUACACCUUCUCAGAACACAGCGUCCUGGACAUCAUCAACACCCCCAACAUCGUGGUGCCCCCGGAAGUGGUGGCAGGAACGGAAGUGGAGGUCAGUUGCAUGGUGCCAGACAACUGCCCAGAGCUGCGUCCAGAGCUGAGCUGGCUGGGCCACGAGGGGCUGGGGGAGCCCACUGUGCUGGGUCGGCUGCGUGAGGAUGAAGGCACCUGGGUGCAGGUGUCGCUGCUACACUUCGUGCCUACUAGAGAGGCCAAUGGCCACCGUCUGGGCUGUCAGGCUGCCUUCCCCAACACCACCUUGCAGUUCGAGGGUUACGCCAGUCUGGACGUCAAGUACCCCCCAGUGAUUGUGGAGAUGAAUUCCUCUGUGGAGGCCAUUGAGGGCUCCCACGUCAGCCUGCUCUGUGGGGCUGACAGCAACCCGCCACCGCUGCUGACUUGGAUGCGGGACGGGAUGGUGUUGAGGGAGGCAGUUGCUGAGAGCCUAUACCUGGAUCUGGAGGAGGUGACCCCAGGAGAGGACGGCGUCUAUGCCUGCCUGGCAGAGAAUGCCUACGGCCAGGACAACCGCACAGUGGAGCUGAGCGUCAUGUAUGCACCUUGGAAGCCCACAGUGAAUGGGACCGUGGUGGCCGUAGAGGGAGAGACGGUCUCCAUUCUGUGUUCCACACAGAGCAACCCGGAUCCCAUUCUCACCAUCUUCAAGGAGAAGCAGAUCCUGGCCACGGUCAUCUAUGAGAGUCAGCUGCAGCUGGAACUCCCUGCAGUGACACCCGAGGACGAUGGGGAAUACUGGUGUGUGGCUGAGAACCAGUAUGGCCAGAGAGCCACCGCCUUCAACCUGUCUGUGGAAUUUGCCCCCAUAAUCCUUCUGGAGUCACACUGUGCAGCGGCCAGAGACACCGUGCAGUGCCUAUGUGUGGUAAAAUCCAACCCGGAACCCUCCGUGGCCUUUGAGCUGCCUUCCCGCAACGUGACCGUGAAUGAGACGGAGAGGGAGUUUGUGUACUCAGAGCGCAGCGGCCUCCUGCUCACCAGCAUCCUCACACUCCGGGGUCAAGCCCAAGCUCCACCCCGCGUCAUUUGUACCUCCAGGAACCUCUAUGGCACCCAGAGCCUCGAGCUGCCUUUCCAGGGAGCACACCGACUGAUGUGGGCCAAAAUCGGUCCUGUGGGUGCUGUGGUCGCCUUUGCCAUUCUGAUUGCCAUUGUGUGCUACAUCACCCAGACAAGAAGAAAAAAGAAUGUCACUGAGAGCCCCAGCUUCUCAGCGGGAGACAACCCUCACGUCCUGUACAGCCCGGAAUUCCGAAUCUCUGGAGCACCUGAUAAGUACGAGUCCAGAGAGGUCUCUACCCGGGAUGGUCACUGAGAGCCCCAGGAGAGUGAGAAGCGCCUGGGAUCUGAGAGGAGGCUGCUGGGCCUUCGGGGGGAACCCCCAGAACUGGACCUCAGUUAUUCCCACUCAGACCUGGGGAAACGACCAACCAAGGACAGCUACACCCUGACAGAGGAGCUGGCUGAGUACGCAGAAAUCCGAGUCAAGUGAGGAAGCUGGGGGGCUGGCCCUGUGGCUCACCCCCCCCAUCAGGACCUUUGCUGGCCCCCACUGGCUGUGGGCUCCCUUGCUCUUGAGAGGGGUAGGAGUGGGGGCGGGAAGGGGAAGGGGCAGGGCAGGAAACAGUGAGGUCCUGGGGGCCUGUCCUCCCGUCCUUCCCAGCUGCUUCCCCUUGCCAAAAUCCCGUGCCUAUGUUACCGCCCCCCCUUCCUUUUAACCUCCGCUGUUGAGAGGGGUGCUCUGUCUGUCACAUUAUUUAUUGCUCUCCCUUUCCUGGUCUCCUGUCCCCUUACCUGGCCCCAGGACCUGUACAAAAGGGACAUGAAAUAAAUGUCCUAA